GAUACGCUUUGUUAUUUGAUAUAUAGGAGGCAUUAUUAUAUAUUAUUAAUAUAAUACUAUAAUAUAUAGAAGAUAUUAUUGUGCGUCUUAUCCUCACAAGAGAAAAACUCGGAGUGGGAGAGAGAAGAGCGCAGUUACGACACAAUAUCUACUUCCCUGUUGAUUCCAUUAGAAUAAGCUCUAUGAUUGGAUCUGAUGCUUUUGGUACAGACUACAUUAUAUAUUUUGAUAGCCAACAGUAAUCAAAAAGCUAGACGUGCUACUGGCUUCGUUGCUCGACACUCGAUUAUCAGACAUUGCUUACACUAGAGUCUGGUUGAGUGAUUAGACCGAACAGAAACAACUUGUUACGGCGAGCACAAGUUCAUUUUAGUGUCGUUGGCAGUUAUCGUUCGAACAUUCAGCCGUUAAUUCGGCGGGUAUCAAGUGCAGUGCGUAUCAUCAUUGGACACGCAAACAUAUAUACAAAAAAAGGAAAAAGAAAUCAAUUAGGAAAAAGAGAAAAGCUAUUUAACAAUAUAAGAUGAAGGAACAUCAGACCAUAGUUUCUGUAUUUAAUGUUGCAAUUGUUUUGUUGUUGGUCUCCAACAGUGCCCACAGCGAUUCUCGUCGAUCGUAUGAGGAACCCCGCGCUUCUUCAUCAGGAAAUUGGAAGUGGCCUCUAAAUCAAAAUAAUGCAAUGGGAGAAACCAGAUCUUUCACGAAGAUGAACACAGCUAAAAAUGGUAACAUCGCAUUUCUUGAUGAUUAUACCGCACUGAUACAACCGAGGGUGGGAUCAGUAAUACCUUCUUGUAAAGGGCAGAGCUAUUGUGAAGAUGUUCCGAAUUAUCCUACGAAUUUGGUGAAAGAUAUCAUUGCCAGAAAUCCACAUCUUGUAAAUUAUACUUCUGUUGACAUGAUAGAUAUGCUCAAACCCAGACUAGGAGAAGAUUCUGUUGAGACAGAAUCGUUCUGUGCAUCAUCUGAGCAUGUCGUCCUUCCGAAAACGGCGGAAAAUAUGAACAACGAGUGGAAGUAUAUCCUUAACAACGAAGAAUUGAAACAGGGAGUACGUAUAGAAAAAUGCAUUAACGAAGGCCAACGCUGCAGCAUAAAGGAUGGCAUAUCAAUGGGUUACGAAACCACAUGUAAACAAAAGUUCGUUUAUAAUCAACUCCUAGGCCUAGAGGAUGAUGGUUCGGUUGCCUACCAGCAUUUUCGGUUUCCAUCUAGUUGCUGUUGUCACGUCAAAUUCAUCGGCACUUCGAUACGGAUUGGCGGAAGAUUUUCUUCUCCAAAGGACAAUCCCAAUAAUCUGAAACAUUAAUAUAAAAAGUAACAUGGAUCUUAAUCAUCAGACAUUUAUUAUACGUUGCCUUAAAUGUUUUAAUAUAAUUUAUUCCCCAUAAUAUGAAAAGUGACAGAAAAUAUGAAUACAAAUAUAACAAAAUUUAAAUAUGGCGGGAAGACGAACGAAGAAGAUAUAAUAUAUGUGAAGUACGACAAAACAACAAAAAGCAACAGUUCUUUAGAAAUAUGUCCUGAAUCUUUUUAUUUUACCAAGAACUGUAUGAAUAAAUAAACCUUUUUAAAACAUCAAAUUUCCAUUACAUUUUGUAUUAAAUUUUUCCAAAACAGGAAUAAGAAUAUACAUAGUUAAACUCUUAUAAGUCGACCUUUUUCGCCUACGAGUGAAACAAUUAUAAAUGAUUGUAAUUGUUACUUUGAUGUAAAAUUUAAGAAUUAAUAACUGUAAUAAAGAGACAAUAUUGUAGCAAUGCAAUGUAUACUAAAUACUAAUAAUAGCAACUAAUAAAACACAGUAGCACAGUA